AUGAAUGUUACUGUGGAUCAUGAUGUGACUGCCAAAUGGGAUUGGCCACUUCAAUCUGGCGAUGGUGUUGUUCAAGUUCACGAUGACGAUGAUCAUUUUGAAGUCGGAUUGGAAGCUCAUCAUUUUUUGCCAAAAGAAAUUGAGGUUAGUUUGAAAUUUCGAGGAGAGGGAGGGUUACUGUCAAAAUAGCAAGUUUCCAAAACUUGUUUUUGACCAAUUUUUUCAACCAAAUUUUAUAAUACAGUACUCUUAUUACUGUUUGGACCAUUUUUGGGAAUCUUAUCAAGUUAGAAAAAAUAUACUAAUUCCAUGCCAAAUUUUUCGUAUCUACAGUAACCCAUGCUUCAAGUUUUAAUCUGAAACUUUCAUACUGUAAUCAGAAAUUCUCAAAAAUGUAAUUGAAAAGUUAAAUCCUUACAGUAACCCCAAUUUUCACAAAUUAUUUUUAUCUCUUUUCCAGGUCAAAAACAUUGGUGAAAUUCUCGAAAUUCACAUGGAACAUUCGACCAAAGAUGACAAAUUCGGAAAUGUUUCUCGAACAAUCACUCGCUGCUAUAAAAUGCCAAAAAAUGUUGAUCCAAAAUCGAUCAAAUCCAACUUGGAUAACAAAGGCAUUUUGCAUAUUAGUGGACAAAAAAAGCAUUGA